CCCUGAGGGAGUCCAGCUACGCUUAAGUCUGGCCGGUGCCACCUAUCUCCACAAUGCCCCCCAAGAAACAGGCUCAGGCCGGGGGCAGCAAAAAGGCGGAGCAGAAAAAGAAGGAGAAGAUUAUCGAAGACAAAACUUUUGGUCUAAAGAAUAAGAAAGGAGCAAAGCAACAGAAGUUUAUCAAGGCUGUCACUCAUCAAGUUAAAUUUGGUCAACAAAAUCCACGUCAGGUAGCACAAAGUGAAGCUGAAAAGAAGUUGAAGAAAGAUGACAAGAAGAAAGAAUUGCAAGAGCUAAAUGAGUUGUUCAAACCUGUAGUUGCUGCUCAAAAAAUAAGUAAAGGUGCAGAUCCCAAAUCUGUGGUAUGUGCAUUCUUCAAGCAAGGACAGUGUACUAAAGGAGAUAAGUGUAAGUUCUCUCAUGACUUGACUCUGGAGAGAAAAUGUGAAAAGCGAAGUGUUUACAUUGAUGCAAGAGAUGAAGAGCUUGAAAAAGAUACUAUGGGUAAUUGGGAUGAGAAAAAACUGGAAGAAGUAGUGAACAAGAAGCACGGUGAGGCGGAAAAGAAAAAACCAAAAACUCAAAUAGUGUGCAAGCAUUUCCUCGAAGCUAUUGAAAACAACAAAUAUGGCUGGUUUUGGGUAUGCCCUGGAGGGGGUGAUAUUUGCAUGUAUCGUCAUGCACUUCCUCCUGGGUUCGUCUUGAAAAAAGAUAAAAAGAAAGAAGAGAAAGAAGAUGAAAUUUCAUUAGAAGAUCUAAUUGAAAGAGAGCGUUCUGCCCUAGGUCCAAAUGUUACCAAAAUCACUCUAGAAUCUUUUCUUGCAUGGAAGAAAAGAAAAAGACAAGAAAAGAUUGAUAAACUUGAGCAAGAUAUGGAAAGAAGGAAAGCAGACUUCAAAGCAGGGAAAGCAUUAGUGAUCAGUGGUCGUGAGGUGUUUGAAUUUCAUCCUGAACUGGUUGAUGAUGAUGAUGAGGAAGCAGAUGAUACCCGUUAUACCCAGGGAACGGGUGGUGAUGAGGUUGAUGAUUCAGUGAGCGUAAAUGACAUAGAUUUAAGCCUGUACAUCCCAAGAGAUGUAGAUGAGACAGGUAUUACUGUAGCCAGUCUUGAAAGAUUCAGCACAUAUACUUCAGAAAAGGAUGAAAACAAAUUAAGUGAAGCUUCCGGAGGUAGGGCUGAAAAUGGUGAAAGAAGUGAUUUGGAAGAGGACAACGAAGGGGAGGGACAGGAAAAUGGAGUCAUCGAUGCUGUUCCUGUUGAUGAAAAUCUUUUUACUGGGGAAGAUUUGGAUGAACUAGAAGAAGAAUUAAACACACUUGAUUUAGAAGAAUGACACCAAAGAAGUCAAUGAAAAAAUUAAGCCAGCUCAGCAUGAGUUGAAAUUGACUACAUUAAUUUUUUUCCACCUAGAAUUCUUCAACAGGAUGUUUGUUUCCCAUGCUGAUUCUGGAGGGCUUACUCUCCAAAAAAGGAAUAUUCUCCCUACAUCUUGUCUUCUGACUUU